AUGGGGGCGGCCGGGCUGCUGCUGCUGCCGCUGCUGCUGCUGCCGGGCGCCCUGCUCCCGCCCCCGCCCCGCAUUGCAGCGGCAGGCCCCUUGGCCGCGCUGGCCCCGCCGCUGACCGCAGUGGCGAACGGGCCGCGGCGGCCGGCGGCGGCCGGCGCAAGGAGCGACCCGCCGCUGGGCUCCCGCCACGCUGCCCUCGCCUACGGGCCGUCCCGCGGCGCCGCCAGCGCCGUCUCCAUCCUCCCUGCCGCCGACGAGGCCGCGCUCGCCUGCCACGUCGGGCCUGACCGGGCCACGCCAGCGCACAGCUCCGAGCCGCUGCGCCGCGCCGGCGCGCGGGCCCGCGCCGCCGCCGCCCUGCUCGCGGCCGCGCGGCUGCUGCUGCUGAAGUACGGCCCCGGAAGCGGAGCUAUGGCGGCGGCGGCGGUGCUGGCGGCGGCGACGGCAGCGGCGCUGCUCGGCGCGGGCAGCGGCGACGACGCGGACUGGGUUCGGCUGCCCAGCAAGUGCGAGGUGUGCAAGUAUGUGGCGCUGGAGCUGAAAUCCGCCUUUGAGGAGACUGGCAAGACGAAGGAAGUGAUCGACACGAAGUAUGGCUUCCUGGAUGGGAAGGGCUCAGCUGUCAAGUACACGCAAUCGGAUAUCCGGUUAAUUGAGGUGACGGAGAACAUCUGUAAGAGGCUUCUGGACUACAACCUGCACAAGGAAAGGAGCGGCAGUAACAGAUUUGCAAAAGGCAUGUCGGAGACGUUUGAAACUCUGCACAACCUGGUGCACAAGGGUGUCAAAGUGGUGAUGGACAUCCCUUACGAGCUGUGGAACGAGACCUCCGCGGAGGUGGCCGACCUCAAAAAGCAGUGCGAUGUGCUGGUGGAGGAGUAUGAAGAUGUGAUAGAGGACUGGUACAGGCACCACCAGCAGGAAGACCUCUCCCAGUUUCUCUGCGCUGACCGUGUGCUAAAAGGGAAGGAUGCGAGCUGCUUGGCAGAGAAGUGGACCGGCAAGAAGGGUGACCUGGCGAGUGUGGGGGAGAAACAGAACAAGAAAAAGAGCGGGAAGAAGAAGAAAGCCGGGAAGGAGCGGAGCGAGGGAGCCGGCAGCCUCCCAAGUGCUGAGGAGACACCAGAGGAGAGCGGGAUCCAGGAGGAGGCUCCCCUCGCUCACAGCCCCGCGGACGAGCUGUGAGCGCUCCUUGCGCGCACCGGAGGAGAAGGGCCUGGAUGCAACUGGAGGCGCAGCCGGGUCCGCGAGGGAUGGUGCUGCUGGCUGGCUGCGCUGUGACUGCCCCGGGGGGGCCCGGGCUGGGGCCCCUCACGCCGUGGGUGCUGCCCGGUGGAGGAGCAGCAGGACCUGGUUCCUGUCCUGCUCGUGGGGGGGGGCGGGUGAGGACCCUCGCUGCACCCCCCCCCCCGCCUUCCCUUCCUCCCCCUUCUGCUCCUCUUCCCCGCACCCGCUGCAAGGACUGUAAAUAAAGACAUCUUGGCGCGGGGGGGGCGGCGACGGCUCCCCGCGCCCCCGGG